GGGAGAGCGGAUAUAGUGAAUGCAGGGUCCGGGGAGAGCGGAUAUAGUGAAUGCGGGGUCCGGGGAGAGCGGAUAUAGUGAGUGCGGGAGUCCGGGGAGACCAUAUAUAGUGAAUGCGGGGUCCGGGGAGAGCGGAUAUAGUGAAUGCGGGGUCCGGGGAGAGCGGAUAUAGUGAAUGCGGGGUCCGGGGAGAGCGGAUAUAGUGAAUGCGGGGUCCGGGGAGAGCGGAUAUAGUGAAUGCGGGGUCCGGGGAGAGCGGAUAUAGUGAAUGCCGGGUCCGGGGAGAGCGGAUAUAGUGAAAUCGGGGUCCGGGGAGAGCGGAUAUAGUGAAUGCGGGGU